AUGCAUGCAGAGAAGCUGCAGCAAGUCAAAGAGCUACUGGGCACUCUUGAGAAGGACCUGGAAGAUCAUUCACUCAGCUCAUCUCAAAAGACCCAAUUCCUGCUGCAGCUGAGACAACAUGGAACCAGUCCAGACAAUGCGGGCCCCAUCUAUUCAAAAAGGGGUAUGGAGCUCCUAUCAAAAUACGGCGUUGAGGGAGAAUCUCCCGAUGUCCGUCGUGCUGCGUUGCGAUGUAUCGCCAACGCCCUGCUCCUGGAUCCCAACAUGCGCCAGACCUUUGUUGAUACAGGCCGUGGCGGUAAUCUCGCGGAGAUGCUCAAGUGUGACUCUUCGGAAGAUGAAAUGAUCAUCAGCAGAAUCCUCUUCCUAUCCACGUACAACACGACGAUGGAUUUCAAAAAGCUCAUUGACGAGCAUUCAUUGGCGGAUAAUGUUGCUUACCAACUCCAACGCCACCUCGCCCAGUUGCCCGAAUCAGGAGAGGGCUCGCUAGCUCAAAUCGACGAGCUGGGUCUGACAGACACCUCGAAGCUCAUCUUCAACGUUGCAAAAAUCUACUCAGACCUGGCACCUGCUUUUUCAUCUUCGAUUCCUCAUAUCUUCAACCUAGUAUGCCGGCUUCAAAUCCCUUCCCAGCCGUUGGACGGUGUGCUCGGUUCUCUGCUCAACUGCCUGUCAACACUCGACCUGGAAAAUAAGGAGGGUACCCCAUUUAAAAGCAACCCUAUGUUUCCUCCCUCCGAUGAGAACCGUAACGUCGACAAAUUAAUUAAAGUCCUCGACCUCUCCAUCUCUUCCAGCACCCCUCAAGACCUCGAUAUCAAAGGCGUUUCCCUUCUCUAUGUGCUGAUCAACCUCUAUGAGCUAGCUCCAGAGGAGACUCGCAAGCACGUGGAGACUCUCCUGCUCCCCGACGACAGUGACCGAAGCCAGCCAAUCGGACAGUCCGAUACGCUGUCGUCGAAGUUGCUGAAGCUUUCCACAGUGCCAUUCUCGAACAUCAAGAACGCUGUCUCCGAAUUGCUCUUUGUUCUAUCGUACAAGGAUGCAGAGAGACUCACAAAGAAUAUCGGAUACGGGUACUCUUCCGGGAUUCUUGCAUCUCGGGGCAUGCAGCUUCCUCAAACCGCCGGCGAAGCAUUUGCUGCCGAGGAACAUGACCCUGAAAUUAACCCCAUUACUGGGCAGAGGUGGGAUGCGGAGAGACAGGAUACAGGGCCGCCUAUGACGAGGGAAGAGAAAGAAAGAGAGGCGGAGAGGCUGUUUGUACUCUUUGAAAGGGCAAGAGCUAAUGGAAUACUUAACGUGGAGAACCCCGUCAGACAGGCCCUCCAUGAGGGCAGAUUUGAAGAACUGCCUGACUCUGAUAGUGACCGUGAUUAG